UUAAAGAGAAGAGAAAGAAAGAGAAAGAGGAAGAGAAGAGGGAGAGGGGAGACGUCCACCGCACCGCACCGCACCGUGUUAACCCCCAAAAUCCCCAAAUCGAGGCCUCGUCGAUCCAUCCAUCGGGAGAGCAGAUCGAUCUCCUCUCCGCUCCGAUCGAUGCGCCCGCCGCCGCUCGCCGCCUAGGCACGGCAGCGAGCCACCCCUCCCCCCUGCCCGUCACCGCUUGUAUGGAAACGCGCAGCCGCAAGCGCGCCGCCGCCGCCGCAGCAGCAGCAGCUUCCUCCUCCUCCUCCGCCCCCGCUCCCAAGCGCACCCGCCGCUCCUCCUCCUCCUCCUCCUCCGCUGCCGCGCCGCCUCCACCGCCACCGAUGGACCCCUCUCCCUCCUCCCGCCGCCGCUCUCGCGCCUCCGCCUCCGACAAGGGCAAGGACCCCGACCCCUCCUCCGACCCCUCCCCGCCCUCCGCUCCCGACGACGACGACGCCGUCGCCCCCUUCCCGCACUCCUUCACCUCCGCCAGCACCGCCCUCCAGGGCCUCCUCCGCAGGCUCGGCGCCGGCCUCGAUGACCUCCUCCCCUCCUCCGCCGCCGCCGCCUCCUCCUCCUCCACCUCCGCCCAGCUCAAGCGGAUCCUCUCCGGUCUGCAGUCCGACGGGGACGACUCACGCCAGCUCCAGUCCCUCAUGCAGCUCUGCGAGAUGCUCUCCAUCGGCACCGAGGAGUCGCUCGCUGCCUUCCCCGUUGAUGCGUUUGUGCCCAUCCUCGUUGGCCUUCUCGGCCCCGGGGAGGAUGGCGCCAGCCCCGAUGUCAUGCUGCUGGCUGCCCGUGCCCUCGCCAAUCUCGUCGACGUCCUGCCCUCCUCUUGCUCAGCCGUCGUGCACUACGGGGCUAUACCGUGUUUCUGUGCUCGCCUGCUCACCAUCGAGUACAUGGACCUUGCCGAGCAGUCACUACAAGCUCUCAAGAAGAUCUCUCAGGAGCAUCCGACGGCUUGUUUGCGAGCUGGUGCACUAAUGGCUGUCCUAUCGUAUCUCGACUUUUUCUCUACUGGUGUUCAGAGAGUAGCAUUGUCUACUGCUGCUAAUAUAUGCAGGAAGCUGCCAUCUGAUGCGUCCGAGUUUGUCAUGGAAGCUGUUCCGUUGCUCACAAAUCUCUUGAACCACCAUGAUUCUAAGGUGCUCGAACAUGCUUCUGUUUGUUUGACACGUAUUGCAGAGGCUUUUGCUUCUUAUCCAGAGAAAUUGGAUGAUUUGUGCAAUCAUGGGUUGGUUGCUCAAGCUGCUAGCCUGGUUUCAAUCAGCAACUCUGCAGGCCAGGCCUCAUUGAGUACAUCAACAUAUACGGGAUUAAUUCGUCUUCUAUCAACAUGUGCGAGUGGGUCACUUUUAGCAGCCAAAACACUUCUUCUUCUUGGAAUCAGUGGUACUCUUAAAGAUAUUCUUUCAGGUUCUGGUUUGGUUGCUGGAACAUCAGUCUCCCCAGCUUUGUCAAGGCCUGCUGAUCAGAUGUUUGAGAUAGUGAGCCUUGCUGAUGAUUUGCUUCCACAUUUGCCUUCGGGAAUCAUUUCUUUGCCAACAUACUUCCAUGUGCUUGUUAAAGGCUCUUCUACAAAGAAAACUACUUCCAGCAAACAAGAUGGGACAAGUUCAACAGAAAAUGAAAGAUCAGGACAUGAGAGGCUAUUACGUGAGCACCCUGAGCUUCUAAAGCAGUUUGGUAUGGACUUAUUACCCAUAAUGACGCAGGUGUAUGGCUCAAGUGUAAAUGCACCGAUACGCCACAAAUGCUUAUCUAUUAUCGGAAAACUAAUGUACUACAGCUCUGCUGAAAUGAUCCAAUCUCUCCUUGGCACAACAAACAUAUCCAGCUUCCUAGCAGGCAUUCUUGCAUGGAAAGAUCCACAAGUGUUGAUUCCUGCUCUUCAAAUAGCAGAAAUUAUGAUGGAAAAACUUCCCGAGACAUUCUCUAAGUUGUUUGUGAGGGAAGGUGUUGUUCAUGCUGUGGAGUCGCUUAUACGUCAAGAAUCCUCCGAUAUGGUUCCUUCUCAGGCAUUGGCACAUGAUAAAGAUAAUGACUCUGUGAUGCCCUCGCGUUCUAGACGUCAACGCCGGCGUGGUAGUGCCGCACCAACAGAAAACAGCUCAUUAGAUGAAUCAAACCCUUCCAAUCCUGGGAUUGCCAGCUCAACACCAUGCUCUACAGAAGUUCCAAACACGAGUCUUCGCUUUGCAGUUAGUGAUCGUGCAAAGUCGUUCAAAGAUAAAUACUUCCCUUCUGACCAUGAAUCAAGAGAUCUUGGUGUUACCGAUGAUCUUCUUAAACUGAGAACACUCUGCGCAAAGUUAAAUACUGCAAGUGAGAAUGUUGUAACAAAAGCCAAAGGGAAAUCAAAAGCCUUAAGUGCUACUCAUUUUGACAUCUCACAUGAUGUGGAGGCACAAUUUGACCUGAUAAUCACUCAAAUACUUGCUGAGCUUAGCAAAACUAGCGGUGUUUCAACAUUCGAGUUCAUUAGAAGCGGAGUUGUUGCAGCAUUGCUUGACUAUUUGACCUGUGGGACUUUUGGAAAGGAGAGAGUAUCUGAGGCAAACCUGCCAAAGCUUCGCCAGCAGGCCCUUAGACGAUACAAGUCUUUCAUAUCUGUUGCCCUAUCUAUUGACCACGAAAGGGAUGAGACUCCCAUGGCCUUUUUGGUGCAAAAACUGCAAAGUGCUUUGUGUUCGUUAGAGCGCUUCCCUGUUGUGCUCAGCCAGUCCAGCAGAAUAGGUAUUGGAGGCUCCCGUUUGACUUCAGGCCUGAGUGCUCUGGCUCAGCCCUUCAAGUUGCGGCUGUGUCGAGCACAGGGUGAAAAAUCACUUCGGGAUUACUCGUCAAAUAUUGUGCUUAUUGAUCCCUUUGCCAGUCUAGCAGCUGUUGAGGAGUUUCUUUGGCCCAGAGUUCAGCGAAGUGAGGCUGCUUCAAAGCCUACAGUUCCAUCAGGAAAUAAUUCUGAAUCUGGCAUACCUGGCAGCACAGCAGGUGCAUCAUCCACAGCUGUACCAGCUCCAUCUGGCAGGCGUCCAACAACAAGAUCAAAAUCAUCUGCUGCUAGUAGUGGUGCAUCUAAGAAGGAUUCUCAGGAGGAAAGCACAAACACUGCCAAGGGAAAAGGGAAAGCUGUUGCAAAACCGAGCUCAGAUGAACCAAAAGGACCUAAUACAAGGAAUGCUACUCGCAGGAAAGCUGCUUCAGAGAAGGAUUUGGAAAUGAAACGAGCACAUGGCGACAGCAGCUCUGAGGAUGAGGAGCUUGACACAUCUCCUAUUGAGAUUGAUGAUGCUUUAAUGAUUGAUGAUGAUGACAUGUCAGAGGAUGAAGAUGAUGAUCAUGAAGUUCUCCAAGAUGGAUCUCUUCCCAUUUGUGUUCAAGACGGGGUGCAUGAUGUAAAAUUAGGUGACACUGAUGACUCCAACAUUGGUUCAGCAAGUGAUAGCCAGGUGCAGCCCUCAUCUGGGUCCAGCACUAGGAACAUCAUGAGCAGGGGAGUAGAUGCAAAUACCUUUGGUUCACGAGGUGCAAUGUCAUUUGUUGCUGCGACAAUGGCUGGGCUGGCUUCUGUUGGUGGUCGGGGUGUUCGAGGUAGUCGAGAUCGACGUGGCCUGUCACUUGGAGGUAGCAUGAAUGACCAAAAUAAACUGAUAUUUAUGGCCGGUGGCAAGCAGCUUAGCAAACAUUUGACUGUGUAUCAAGCUCUCCAACGUCAAUUGAUGUUUGAUGAGGAUGAUGAAGAGAAGUUCAAUGGAUCUGAUUUGUCAAAUGACGGAAAUCGCUUUUGGGGUGAUGUGUUCACAAUAACUUACCAGAAGGCUGAUAGCCAAGCUGAGAAGGGACCCCAAGGUGGUUCGACCUCAUUGAACUCAAAAUCAGAUCCUUGCAGAUCUAUCUCUGAACCAAAAGGGCUUUCUCUCCUUGAUAGCAUCUUGCAGGGAGAACUCCCAUGUGAUCUAGAGAGAACAAACUCAACUUACAACAUUUUGGCACUGUUACGCAUAUUAGAGGGGCUCAAUCAGUUGUCCGCUCGCUUAAGGAUACAUGCUGCAUCUGAUGAUUUUGCUGAAGGAAAAAUCACAACACUGGAUGAGCUAUAUAGAACUGGAGCCAAGGUACCUUCAGAAGAGUUUGUCAAUAGUAAGUUGACACCAAAGCUUGCUCGGCAAAUGCAAGAUGUUCUUGCCCUCUGUAGUGGCAGUUUACCUUCUUGGUGUUACCAGAUGACCAAAGCCUGCCCUUUCCUGUUUCCCUUUGAAACAAGGAGGCAGUACUUCUACUCCACAGCAUUUGGGUUGUCCCGUGCUUUGAAUCGACUUCAGCAACAACAGGGUGACAACCAAAAUGCUGGUGGUGAAAGAGAGGUCCGAUUUGGCAGGCUGCAACGCCAAAAAGUACGUGUUUCCCGUAACCGUAUUCUGGAUUCUGCUGCUAAAGUUAUGGAGAUGUUCUCCAGUCAGAGAGCUGUUCUUGAGGUGGAAUACUUUGGUGAAGUUGGAACAGGGCUUGGGCCUACUUUGGAGUUCUAUACUCUCUUAGGCCAUGAACUUCAGAGUGCUCGCCUUGGAUUAUGGAGAUCUAGUUCUCCAUCUGAUUCAGGAAUGCAAAUUGAUAGGAGUGGUGUAAGUCCUGAAGUUGACUUGGCAACCAAAGAAAACUCAGAUUUACCUGACAAUGACAGCCAUUUGAUACAUGCUCCUUUUGGAUUGUUUCCUCGGCCUUGGCCAGCUAGUGUUGAUGCUUCAGAAGGCGGUAAAUUUUCUAAGGUCAUUGAACAUUUCCGCUUGGUCGGGCGAGUGAUGGCAAAAGUUUUGCAAGAUGGAAGGCUUUUAGACUUGCCUUUGUCAACAGCAUUUUAUAAGCUUAUACUUGGACAAGAGCUGGAUCUAUUUGACAUAAUCUCAUUUGAUGCUGAAUUUGGCAAGACAUUGCAAGAACUUCAAGUUCUUGUUGAACGGAAGAGGUUCCUUGAAUCCACUUAUGGCAUGAAUCAGCUAGAAGUUGCUGACUUGCGUUUCCGUGGUGCUCCUAUUGAAGAUUUGUGUUUAGAUUUUACUCUUCCAGGUUAUCCUGAUUAUAUUCUUAAACAGGGCGAGGAAAACACAACUGUAAAUAUUUACAACUUGGAAGAGUAUGUAAGUUUGAUAAUGGAUGCUACAGUUAAAUCAGGGAUAAUGAGGCAAAUCGAAGCAUUUAGAUCAGGAUUUAACCAGGUCUUUGAUAUCUCAUCCCUGAAAAUAUUUUCACCUGAGGAGCUUGACUACCUAAUAUGUGGUCGCCGAGAAAUUUGGGAGCCUGAUUCAUUGGUGGAUAACAUAAAAUUCGAUCAUGGGUAUACUGCUAAAAGUCCUGUGAUUAUCAACCUACUCGAGAUCAUGGCUGAAUUCACCCCAGAGCAACAACAUGCGUUCUGCCAGUUUGUAACUGGUGCUUCUCGGCUUCCACCUGGUGGUUUAGCUGCCCUUAGUCCCAAGCUUACUAUAGUUAGGAAGCACCCCUCAAACAUCACUGGAGUUACAGAGUCUGCGGAUGAUGAUUUGCCUAGUGUUAUGACAUGUGCUAAUUAUGUUAAAUUGCCUCCAUACUCCACAAAAGAAGUAAUGCGCAAGAAACUGCUAUUUGCAAUCCUAGAAGGGCGUGGAUCAUUUGAUCUAUCAUGAGUUGAUGAUAAAACUAACAUACAGGGCUCACCAUUCAACGCCCUAUCAAUUUUAUCCAGAAUUAGUUUCUUUGUUGCCCGAGUGACAUCAUAAUAGGUAAAGGCUACCAGAGCAGCCGCUGUGGACGGGACCGGGUCUCCCUUGAGACGCAGUGUGAUUAAUUUGGUGGCCAGCCAAGGGUAGCCUCAAGUGAUCGAAAAAUGGUGGGGGAGCUCCUUUGCCGUACAUGUAAAUAAAGAAAAAGGGGGGCAAUAGUUACUACCAGUACAAUACUAUUUGUGGAAAGAAGUUGAGGAUUUGAUUCAAUCGUUGCGUUGUUUAAACCCUUGAAUGUUACUGUUAUGUUACUAUUAACCAUCCAUCCAUCAUGUGUACAUGUGUGAUGUUUGUCGUCCUAAUAAUAAUAAAAAUAAUAUCAUAUAUGAUGGAGUUAGCAUCUCUCGAGCUCGAUCUCGGGGUAGAUGAAGGCAUUUCAACUGUAAUGCAAAAGAGAUGAAAGUUCAGGAAUUUUCAUGAGAUGUUAUAUAAUAAUCUU